AGGUUGGAAGACGGGAGGAGGAAGUGGAUGUUAGAGGAGGAGUAGGUUGCAGAGUGGAUAGGGGUGUGAGUGAAGGGUACAGAAUAGGGAAUGGGGAGAGAUGAGAUGCGAAGGGAUGCAGAAAAUGGAGGGGAGUGGGGAAUUGAGAUGGGAAAGAGUCUCGGUAUCAUGGAGCCCCUCAAUCAGCUACCCGGGCAGGGCAGGGCAGGACAGGGGCUACCAGGAGGUGAACCAGCCUGGAAUGUUUGCUGCGAUGAUUGUGAGGGGCCACAAUUCAUGCUGGCAACGCCUGCGGGUCAGUGUCAGCUUCUUGAGGUCUGGAAGUCCAGAUGUGGGCAGAAGUGGUGGAUUGGCCCUGAGACAUGCUAGGUGCCUGAGUAAUGGACAUUCAGGGAUGAAAACUCUCAGAAUCGCAGGAAGAAGGGGAUGGCAUUUACAGUCUACAUCUAUAAUCACUGAUUGCAACCAAAAGAUAAACCAUAGGGGCUCUAACCAGUUAUAUUGUUUCUACACCAAUGAAAUGGGAUUGAUUAUUGAAACAUUAGCUAUUCCAUCAUCUCAGAUCAGUGGAACUGAUCCAAAUUAUCCAUUGGCAAGUUUGCAAGUCAAUCCACAAUUAACAAUUUGUAAAGCAUCAAGUCAGCCCAUGAGAGAGAAGCCACAUUUCCCAACUCAGGGAAGGCUAUUGAUGGUUCACAAUUUGCCUGGCCUUUCCUCUCUCCCACUUGUGCACAUUAGCCUUGGCUGCCCGACUUUCCUUCCCCACAGAUUGUUUUCACAGUCUGCCUCAGACAGAAGCUCAAGGAGCCCUCAGAUCAGUCUGUGGUCCAAGUUCAUGGUGACAUGCUUCUUUGGGUCUGCACUAAUGGGAUUGUGGUACUAUGUCCACUUGGAAAAGAAGCAGCAGGAAAAGGUGAAACGACAGGAGCAGCUAAAGAAAUUAGCACUGGGUCAAGGUGACUUCAAUUUGCUGGAUCACACUGGAAAAUCUAGAACCAAGAAGGACUUCUUUGGCAAGUGGGUUCUCCUUUACUUUGGGUUCACCCACUGCCCUGACAUCUGCCCUGAUGAGCUGGACAAGAUGUCCAGUGUUGUGCAGAUUUUAGACAAGGACAGAGCACUAACUCCAGUCCAACCCAUCUUUAUCACAGUGGAUCCAGAGAGAGACGGAGUGAAGGAAAUGGCAAAGUAUAUCAAGGAUUUCCAUUCUCGCAUGAUCGGGUUGACUGGGACCCCAGAGCAGAUCAAGGAUUUGGGAAAGGCAUUCCGAGUAUACUACAGUGCUGGCCCCAAGGAUGAAGACAAUGACUACAUUGUCGAUCAUACCAUCAUAAUUUACCUUCUAAAUCCAGAUGGGCUUUUAACAGAUUACUACAAUCGGAGCAAAAAUGACCAGGAAAUUGCUGAGAGUAUCCGCAGCCACAUGAAAAGCUAUGUUGAUCUCUUCAGUUGAUGAAUGGAGAUUCUUAGAGAAAGUUUGUGUUGGCAUCAGUUGCAGGCGUGGAAUUUGUUAAAGUAUGUUCACCAGUCUCACCGUGACAGACAUAUAUUUAGCUCUUUGAUGCUAUCCAUACUCACAACUGUUCAAAUCAUGCUCACAAAUCAAUAGAAUGAGACAGUUAGCAGCAACCUUUAGUUUAAGUUUAAUUAGGAUGUGGAGGUGCCAGUGUUGGAUAAGGUCAGAAAUCACACGAUACCAGAUUAUAGUGCAAUAGGUUUAUUUGAAAUCACAGCUUUCAGAGCACUGCUCCUUAGUCAGGUGAAGUAAGGAAAAGCACACAGGCACAGAAUUUAUAAGCAGAGAACAAAUGAUGAGCAUGGAGUGUUGACAGACUAAAUAAGUCUCUACAGCUGAUUGAAAGUGUCAGACAGUGUGAGUAAAGUGUCAACAACCGAAUAGCAAGUGAAGGGAUGACCUAUAAUCUGAUUAAUUGAGGCAGAGAUAAUUACAAAAAAUUAAAAAUUAGCUGGUACUGGAGACAAACCAAACGACUGGAAUACCAUAAUAGGUAUAAGUUGCAUGCCAGAGAUCUAACCAAAGUAACAAAUAUUCCAAAACUGUUCAGUCUGUCAACUUGUGAUUUCAAAUACACUGGUGGACUAUAACCUGAUGUCAUGUGACUUCUAAAGUUUAAUUAGCUGGUGGGAUUGUAAAUCUUGUGUAUGAUGAUGAAUUAUCCUUUAUUUAAUGCUUGUUGAAAAUCUGGAUAUCCACUUACAAUUCAGUGCAGGAUCCAUUCAGUAAUCAGAGAUGUGAAUUGCUGUUGUACACUUGCAUAAGUGAGUGUUUGUAUAUGUAUGUCCGGGGAUGGUGAUUGUGAUUGUAUACCCCUUUAAUAAAUUCCACUGUAACUGUUUGGAA